UGUUGCAAAAUUGGAAACGGAGAUUUAUUACUACAAUUCUCUCCAAGACUGAAAGGUAAUAUUUCGUAGAAGAAAGAGAAGCGCGAAACAGACAAUGGCGGCAACCGAUCCACAAAGGCAACUCCUAACCCUAAUUCGCGACUUUGCUUCCGAGAAAUCACAAGGAGAGAGAAGAGUGGUUGGGCUAGAGAAGCGAAUAGUAGAGCUUGGAUGUCAAUUGGAUGCGGCAAAUGCAGAGAUGGAAGAGGUGAAGCGUUUCAAAGAAACCACUGAGCUAGAGCUUAAAGGCUACGAAUAUCAAUUGGCUUUCAACGACGUAUCUAUUCAGACCCUAGAGGCAAGGAUUUCUCUGAUUCAAGAUGAAAUAUCUUCGGUUGGAUCUGAAGUAGAGGGUCUUAAGGAUGAAGAAGGGGCUUCACGAGAUGAGUUUAUUCGCCAGAUGUUUGAGCUCAAUACUAAGAUAAGGAAAUUCCAAGCGGAAAAAGGACUCGAAUCUCAGAAAAAGAGCAGCAUUGGAACUACAGCAGCAGACUGCAAAGCUGAAAAGAAGGUAGUCACUGGUGUUGAUCUAAGAGCUCUUAAGGAUGUGCUUGCACAUGUAGCUUCUCAAAUAACUAAAGAGGAACAAGAAUACCUAGCAGAGGAGAAUAUUCAAAAGCAGGUCCAGGAGGAGUAUGUUGACCUUCAGAGGAAGGUUUCUCUGGUGGAUGUGAUAGUGAAAGAAACCGAACUAUUGCAGGAUUUAACAAGAUAUCCUUACAAACAUCACAUUGUGUGGAACUGGCUGUCUGGUCAUGAUUAACCAUACUCUUUCUAGGAGAGAGAUGAGUUUCCAGGCAGUUAAUUAAUGGUAAAUGAUAUUGAGAGUAAUGCCGAGACAUAUGAGCUGUCCAUUAGAACAACUGACAUAUGGAAUUUCAUCCUUCUAAAACUGCCAUUUACAAAAAUAGCUCUCAAAGAUGUUUCUAUAAGCUACUUAUGAGCAGUUUUUCCAAGAUGUUUCUAGAAGUUUUCUGAAGCUCAAAACUCAUUGAUGUUAAAUGGUGAGUUAAUUUUAUGUUUUCUACCAUCUCAACCAUGAAAAAGAGCUUUUAUUUUUUAUUUUUGACUUUUUUACCAGCAAAGGGGGGAAAAACACCUGAAACGUUUUGUAUACCAAAAGUAAAAGUGGACUGCGAUGCUUUCCAGGAACAUUUCUAGUAAAAUUUGUGAUGAAUACGCACAAAAUUUAAACAUCUUUGACUGGAAACAA